GAUAUCCUCUCAAUCAUCUCAAUAACUUUAUUCCUCUCCCAACUCCAAAUAUCCUGUGAUAUAUCUUCAACAUGUUGUUCCUCGCCUUGCUACUAGACGUUGCAGUGCUACCAGCUGCAUUCGCCGCUUGUGCUCUCCCAUCGAAAUAUAGCUGGACGUCUACUUCUGCAUUGGCAACACCAAAGUCAGGAUGGGCCUCACUCAAGGACUUCACCCACGUUGUCUACAAGGGGCAACAUCUUGUCUAUGCUACAGACCACGACACAGGAACUUCCUAUGGCUCAAUGAACUUCGGGCUCUUCACAAACUGGUCUGACAUGGCCUCAGCCAGCCAGAAUGCAAUGACUUCAACCACCAUUGCCCCUACACUCUUCUAUUUCGCUCCAAAGAGUAUCUGGGUUAUGGCCCAUCAAUGGGGCCCAACCGCAUUCUCUUACAAGACAGCAAGCGACCCAACCAAUGCUAACGGCUGGUCAGCAUCGCAGCCCCUCUUCACCGGCACGAUCUCCGGCUCUAGUACCGGACCCAUCGACCAAACCGUCAUUGGUGACAGCAAAAACAUGUAUCUCUUCUUCGCAGGAGACAACGGCAAAAUCUACAGAUCCAGCAUGCCAAUCGGAAAUUUCCCAGGAAAUUUCGGCACAGCAUCAACCGUAGUCCUUAGCGACACAACCAACAAUGUCUUCGAAGCAGUUCAAGUCUACACCGUAGCUGGUCAAAACCAGUACCUCAUGAUCGUUGAAGCAAUCGGAUCAAAUGGGCGAUACUUCCGCUCAUUCACUGCUACAAGUCUAAGCGGUACAUGGACUCCACAGGCUGCAACUGAGGCUGCGCCAUUCGCCGGAAAGGCUAACAGUGGUGCCACUUGGACCAACGACAUUAGUCAUGGAGAUUUGAUUCGCAGUAAUCCUGAUCAGACAAUGACGAUUGAUCCAUGUAACUUGCAGUUUCUGUACCAAGGAAAGAAUCCUUCCUCUAACGGCAACUAUGAUACUCAGCCUUACCGUCCUGGAGUUUUGACUCUCAAGAAGUAGUGUGUGAAGCGUAUCGUAACGAUGGUGGAAGUUUGAGUUUGGUAGCAAGAAAGGGGAUUUGGUGAGCAAGGAAGGAGAUUUGGUGAGCAAGGUGGAAAUUUUUAUUCUUUCGAGGCCAGAAGAGUUGCAUUUUUAUUAUUGAUCGUAUAUAUUGAUUCUGUAUAUAUUGGAUCACGUACAUAUUUUAUCUCAAAAUUUUAUAUUCGCCAUAGCGUCUCUAUAAUUUGCUCGUUUCAAGAUGCACCCAUUUGCCAUAGUACGUGAUCGAUAGAGAGCAUUUCGCCACUGUAUUUUUAAUACACAGAUAUGUAGACAAUGAGGUGAAACAACAUGACCUGUGUGUGGUGUUAAAAUCCACGUCUUUUGAUGCUUCUCAUGUUCACUACAUAGUCUGAACAAUUCACAUCUGAAUCAAUCCCAACACCACCCAGCACCGCGGUGUAUCAAGCCUGCAACCGAUACACUAAUUGCGUCCAGAUUUCCGAUAUCUAUUCAAAACCCAUACGGUCUGCUGCGGAUAGACUGUUGUGAUAUCGCUAUAACCGCUAUGGGAGUAUCGAGCUUGUGGCGAGAUUGGUGCGUGUGAUGGCGAUACUACUGAGAAACACAAUGGAUGUGUGAUAAGUAGCAAGGUGAAUGAUGGAGAUCUGGGAUUGCUGGCAGCUGUACGUGGUGGUGCGAGUCAAAAUAAAGCUUUAAGGUUAACUAUACA